GUGGUUCAUGAUUGUUUGGAGUUUUGUUUUGUGUACAAGAUCCAAGAAACAGACUGAUAGCAGUCAUAAUUUUCUGACACUCACUAUAGACAAAUUUCUGAGUAAUAUGGAAAGAGAAAAGCCAAUCAGAUUUACUGAUGAGCAGCUCAUGAUGGCAACUGAUAACUACUCUACAUUGUUAGGGUCAGGAGGUUUUGGCCAAGUUUAUAUAGGAAAGUUAAGUGACGGAACCACUGUGGCUGUGAAGGUUCUACGUGGGAACUCUGAUAAGAGAAUUCAGGAACAGUUUAUGGCAGAAGUGGGUACAAUUGGAAAACUUUAUCAUUUCAAUCUAGUUCGCUUGUACGGAUUUUGCUUUGAACAAGAUCUCAGAGCACUGAUUUAUGAGUACAUGGAAAAUGGAUCUCUUGACAGGUAUUUGUUCCAUGAAAAGAAGACUUUAGGAUAUGAAAAACUUUAUGAGAUUGCAGUUGGAACAGCCAGAGGCAUUGCAUACUUGCAUGAAGAUUGCAAACAAAGAAUAAUCCACUAUGACAUUAAACCAGGAAAUAUUCUUUUGGACAGCAACUUCAAUCCUAAAGUUGCUGACUUUGGAUUGGCUAAGCUUUGCAAUAGGGAUGAUACUCAUAUAACUAUGACUGGAGGUAGGGGCACUCCAGGUUAUGCUGCACCUGAGCUUUGGAUGCCAUUUCCUGUUACUCACAAGUGUGAUGUUUACAGCUUUGGAAUGCUUUUAUUAGAAAUCAUUGGCCGGAGAAGAAACCUUGACAUUAACCUUCCAGCAAGCCAAGAGUGGUUCCCAGUUUGGGUUUGGAAACGAUUUGAUGCAGGAGAACUAGGAGAGUUAAUAAUGGCUUGUGGCAUAGAGGAGAGGUGUAAGGACAUGGCUGAAAGAAUGGUUAUGGUUGCUUUGUUGUGUGUUCAAUAUAGGCCAGAAUCAAGACCAAUGAUGAGUGAUGUGGUGAAAAUGUUGGAAGGCUUAGUUGACAUUUCUAAACCUUUGAACCCAUUUCAGCAUAUGAUGGAUGCAAUUUUCCCAUGUCAUUCUGUGCAAGAAUCCCAUAUUGAUGCUAGCACAAGUAUUAAUUCUAUCUCUUCUGUUGUGGUAACUAAACCAGGCAUUGUAUAUGAUAGUCCUAUUAUGAGGAAUGAUGGCAUUGAAUUGGCCUCCACCAACUGUGAUUAA